AUGGAAGUUCAAAGCCAGGAACCAUUCAAUCAACUCGCCGUGGAGAUUGCAAAGAUACACGUGCAGCCACCACCCGAGGACGUCCUUCCAUCUGGCGAUACAUUGAGCAGUGCUCGUUCCAAGCUCCAAACUCAUCUUCCCGCUAAGGGAGUAGGUCUUGAAGAAAGCAUACGGCACCUACGUCAAGACCUAGUUCCGGCAUUCAACGCCUCUUCUCGCUCCCCUAAUUACUAUGGUUUCGUAACUGGUGGAGUCAACCAGGCAGCGGCCCUUGCCGACAAUUUGGUCACAGCAUUCGAUCAGAACGUGCAGGUGCACUUACCCAAUGAGACCAUUGCCACAGAUGUGGAGGAUCGGGCACUGUAUUUGCUUUGCGAGCUGCUGAACUUCGAGCCCUCGCAAUGGCCGCAUCGGAUCUUUACUACGGGUGCUACAGCAGCCAAUGUUCUAGGCCUUGCUUGUGGACGGGAAUAUGUGAUUGCUGAAGCUUCUGCACACCGUACCGAUGCCGAGAACAGCGUUGGCGAAGUUGGUAUCGUAGAAGCUAUGCGCAGGGCUGGCAUCGACGACAUCCAAAUCUUGACUACUGUACCACACUCAUCAUUAAGUAAAGCUGCAAGCAUUCUGGGGCUUGGGCGAGCAAGUGUCAAGUGCCUAGGUCGCUCAGACGCACCGCAUAAAUUCGACAUGCAGCUACUCAAAAAGUCAUUGGAACUACCAGGUGCCGCAUCAAUUGUCGUGGUAUCAGCUUCCGAAGUCAACACAGGUGUCUUCGCUACUUCAGGGCUAGAGGAGAUGCAAGAACUUCGCAAGCUAUGUGACAUGCAUGGGGCAUGGAUACAUGCUGACGGCGCGUUUGGUCUUUUCGGUCGGAUCCUUUCAUCCCCUGCCCACUCUUCUAUCAUAGAAGCAUGUGCCGGCUUGGAACUUGCGGAUUCGAUAACCGGUGAUGGGCACAAACUCCUCAACGUGCCCUAUGACUGUGGCUUCUUUCUCUCCAGACACCGCGCCAUGGCUGAACGUGUAUUUCAAAACCCCAACGCUGCCUAUCUUGCCUCCGGCAACGGCCCCGAUACCAUCAUGUCACCACUGAACAUUGGCCUGGAGAACUCUAGACGUUUCAGAGCUCUGCCGGUGUAUGCGAGCUUGGUGGCAUAUGGAAGGGACGGAUACAGAGACAUGCUUGGGCGCCAAAUCCAAUUGGCACGUGGAAUCGCGCGAUAUAUUCUGCAAAGCAGCCAGUAUGAGCUUCUUCCUCAGAAAGAAGCCUCUCAUGAAGAUAUUUUGAGCGGAAUUUUCAUCAUCGUGUUGUUCCGUGCAAAGAAUGAGGAACUCAACAAGCAACUCGUCGACAAAAUCAAGGCAACAAGGAAGAUUUAUGUUUCUGGCACUUCGUGGGAAGGAAGGCCGGCAUGUCGUUUCGCAAUAUCAAACUGGAUGACGGACGUUGACAGAGAUUUGCCAGUCAUUAAACAAGUAUUACAGGAUAUUGCCUAG